AUGGGAGAGGCUGUAAAACCGGACAUCAAUGGUCUUAUGGAUAUAAUAGCUUCCACAUCUACAAAGAUAUUCUAUGUACCUGUCGGGGGAAACCAGCAUAACAUCAUUCUGGAACAGGCUAUGAGAAAAACAAACGGAAAAAUUAUACAGGAUAAUGAAAUUGGUAGAUUGACUGUGAUGAGCCAAGUUAUGCUACUGGCAAUAAGCAUAGCAUCAGAAAUUAGAUACUCAAACAACAAAAGCAGAGAGGUCAUCAAGACAAAAAUGAUGGAAAGAUCAGAUUAUGAUGAUAUGCAUGAUGACUGUCUAGAUAUGGUUCACGACUUUAUCAACCCCUUGAGGUUUGAAAACAUGCGAGGGAAUUAUGUGGAAUUAAGGUGUAAUGCACUUCAGCUAGGAGAUAGAGUAAGACGUGGCCCUGAUUGGACUUAUGAUGAUCAAGAUUUGGGUCUUCCAGGGACUGUUAUUGGACAAGAUUUUAACGACUGGAUUUGGGUAGAAUGGGACCAUGGAAACAGACUAACAUAUCGAUAUGAUGAGCAGAAGGAUAGAUAUCAAGUACGAAAAGUAGAUGAAGCAAGAAUACUCGUCGAUGAGAUGAUAGCAGUCGGUUGUAGAGUUGUAAGAGGUCAAGAUUGGAAGUAUGAAGACUACGACGGAGGUAAAGGUUCCUUCGGUACUGUACUUCAAGUGAGAAUUGAAGGCAAGGUUGUAGUGUAUAAUCGAUUUUCAAAGAAUGAUUCAAGAAAACCCCCAAAAGAAGACGGAAAUGCCAGUCAGAAGAAAAGCGAGGCAUGGUCUUUACAAGUAGCUGCUGCAUCGAAUAAAAUUCAAAAGAUUGAGCAACAUGUACAAAAAAUAGAAACACAAUUUCUGGAUGACGCAAGCACGUCAGAAGAAUUGACCAAAGAUGUAUCCACUUUGAUGAACGAUACAAGAGGAUUAAAUUUAGUUGUAGACAAUGUACGAAAUUAUGUACCUUGCGAGGAAGCCAUUGGUGAAAAACAUAAAGUUCGUUCAAGAAGUCCAACAAGUCAAAACUGCACAUUGAAUACUCUAGGAAAUGAUCAAGAAUGCCUUAAAAAAGGAACUACCAAUAACGUUUUAAUUUUGGACCUCCAAACAGAAGAAUCCCUUUCGCAUAAUAUUAAACAGGAAGAAACGUCAAUGAUUUCACAAGAAAGUUCAACUGGGCGACUGAGAAGAAGAUCGCAAGAUGAAUUCGAAGGUAGUAUUUCUACAUGA